AUGGCUGGAAGAAAAAUUUUCCAUUCAGAAAAAACCCCCCAUAAAUCAAUCAGAGGCCGAGAGGGGGCCCGUAGAGGGGACGUUGGAGCAGGUGAGGGUCAGAGAUUUGGCAUUAAGUGCAGGAGGGCGAAAAAGGACAAGUCGGACAACUUGGACAGAAUAUAUACAAUAUAUCUACAAAUCCAUUUACAAAUCUAUAUACCCGAGAAGUCCAAAAGAUACAAGAACAUGACUGUGGAAAAAAAGAAACAAUGCCCCAGUUACAUCAUGGUUGAUGUCACUCUGGUGUCUCUGAUGUAUCUCUGCAGAUGGCUUCGCAACAAGGAAUCUAGAAUCAUCGCUGUCGAGCUGUAUGAUCUGGAGCCCACCAUCCACCACCAAUCUGGUGGCUUCGGUAUACUUCUACCUUGCUAA